AUGCCUCCUAAGCGAAUCUACGGCGAAAAGGGCGGCCGUCGCGCGCCCAAGGGCUUCGUCGCGUCGACGUAUGACACCCUGACGUCUGCUGAGAACGCCGCCUUUGUCCGCAGCAUUGCCAUCUUUGGGGCUGCCGUUACCUUCCUCUCCAGCUCAUGGGGCGAGAUUCUCCUGCCGCCGUAUGUAUCCCACGCUUAG